UGCUGCCUGCUUUCCUUUGUAAACUUAAUUCACUUUAGUGUACAACUAACUAAGGUUGAGGAAAAUGAGCACUUUGUUAGCGUUCCAAGCUCAGCUCCUUAUCCCAUCCAAGACCUCUAAUAAGUUGGGUCUUGGAUCAUCAUCUCCAUCUCCAUUGAAUUCAUCAUUAUCUGCGCGUGGCUGUUUCUGCAAGAUUUCAAACUCACUCAGCCAACUAUUUGAGGAUGAUCGUCGUCGUAUCCAACUAAUUGAUGAUGAUCGUCGUCGUAUCCAACUAAUAGAUGAUCCAGCUGAUCAGCUAAAUAUCCCUAAACAUGUUGCUUUAAUAAUGGACGGAAACAGGAGAUGGGCUAAGGCUAGAGGCUUACCUGUGCAAGAGGGUCACAAGUUAAUUACUCAAAAAUUGAAAGAGAUUUGUAACAUUUCUUCCAAACUGGGAAUACAAGCUAUCACUGCUUUUGCUUUCUCUACUGAAAAUUGGAGUCGUUCCAAGGAGGAGGUUGAUUUCUUGAUGCAACUGUUCGAAGAGUUCUUUGAAGAAUUUAUGAGGGUCGGGGUACGAGUGUCUGCUAUUGGAGACAGAUCCAAACUUCCCAUCACUUUACAAAAAUGCAUAGAAUUGACAGAGGAGAUCACAAAAGCCAAUGCAGGACUUCAUCUUAUGAUAGCAGUAAACUAUGGAGGACAUUAUGACAUGUUACAAGCAACUAAGAGCAUCGCCAAUAAAGUAAAGAACGGUCUUCUACAGUUAGAGGAUAUCGACAAUACAUUAUUUGAGCAAGAACUAGCUACCAAGUGUACUAAGUUUGCUAAACCUGAUUUACUUAUAAGGACUGGUGGAGAACAGAGAAUCAGUAACUUCUUAUUGUGGCAGCUCGCUUACUCUGAAUUGUACUUCACAAAGACACUAUUUCCAGACUUUGGAGAAGAAGCUCUCAAGGAGGCCAUACUUUCUUUUCAAAGAAGACACAGACGUUUUGGUGGACACACAUAUUGAAACAUUAUUAUUCCUUUCCGUCCUUCUAUCUCAGCUUAUUUUGUGUGUUUUAGCAUUUCGUGAUAAUAAAUGAUUUCUUUAUGCAGCAUGUUUAUGAAGCAAUUUGUUUGAUUAAU